UACAGUGGUUUUGUUCCCUCGGUAGGACUGACGAGGAGUACUUACGGGAAGUUUAUGGCAAAAGUUCCGUCUGUUCACACCCAUUGCCUUAAAAAAAGCAUUUAGAAGCAAUCAGGAAUGACUAGCUCUAAAGUAGACGUCUCGUACGUUUUUUCUUCGGAUAGAAUUGGAUUAAAUGAAUGCAAAUACCAAGUCUUCUUUCUUUCGUCAGAUCAAACUGCCUCUCCAAAAUGGCAACAAAAGGAAAGAGAUAAGGCAAAAGCUUGGUUAGAAGAGACUGUCAAUGGAUCCCUGAAGCAACAUUUGUGGCAGAAUGAAGAAUUUGCAUUGGAAGAUUUUGAUAUUCAGGGAAAUCCAUGUUUAGUGGGUUCUACAGACUUCGGUGAUUGUAUUGAGGAUGAGUGGGUCAUUGUUUGGCUUUUAAUGUCUUUGACUCGCCGUGUGGAUAGUGCAUAUGCCAGAGUCAUUGAUGCGGACGGUGAAAUACUGCUUAUUGAAUCAGCUCUUCGGUUACCCAGUUGGAUUGACGAGGACAAUUCAGAUUAUCGGGUCUGGCUUCACAAAGGCGCUGUUCAUUUAAUUGAGCCCCCUGCAGAAGAACAGAAGUAUAGAUGCUCAUCAUUAGCUUGCCGGGAGGCAUUAAAACUACUAAGUCAGCAACAAAGCACCCGUUCCUAUCCUAAGUUGACCAGGUGUAUUCAACAUCGCUUAAAAAAAUACCCAGAGGCAAUACAGAACUCCCAUCGCGCCGUAUGUACACUUCCUCGUUCAGUUUUUUCUCUUUUAUGUACUCAUCCCGGUUGGAUAGCCAAGGCUGUAACAGCAUACUAUCAUCGAGACCCCGUGUCCAUGAAAACAGCACGCCAAUUUCCUACCUUUCCACCAAUGCAAGACUCUGUAACGGCAACCGUUCGGUUUACACAGACUUUAUUCGCUCAGCUCUAUGAGCAACCUCUGGACAUGUCUACUUCCACGAACACAAGAAAGACACCAGACACGCUGGAUUGGAGAAGAAGGGAACUCGGUCUAAAGGUUACUUUGGGUUUUGAGUUACUUUGUGAGGUCCCCGAAUACGCACACCUGAAGCAGGAAAUCCAAGACGAGCUUUCAAACAUAAAACUCAUUACGGACGAGCAGCUGAAGUCUAUGGAUCUCGUUGACGACGAUACUCAAUUCAUGAAUGUAAAUCCGGACGACUUGGAAGACUUGUUGAGGCGGCGGAUGCAGGGGAUACCUUCUGAUUCGGAGGAGGAUUCUGAAACAUUAGACACUAAUGGUAAUCCAGAAGGGGUUUUUGGCCUGGAUGAGAAAAGUCUGAAGGAAAUGAUUUCCAAGAUUGAAGAGUUUGUCGAAGAUGAUGAGAAUUACGACGAGGACGACGAGGACGAUGAGGAUGACGAGGACGAGCUACAGGAUUUCGAUGAAAGAGACAUCGAGUUUGAUGAAGAGCGUUUUCUCGACAUUCUUCGAGGGAAGUUACCUGACUUAGCAGAUGUCCACGAAGAGUAUGAGGAGGAUGCGGAUGACACCGCAUCUGACGCAUCUGAUGGUCUUACUGUUGAAGAUUACAUGGCAGCUAUGGACAAGGAAUUACAAGGCUCUUCCGUUCGAGACUUAUCACCUGGGAAAGCUCAUACAAAAAAGUCUAACGACGACAUAAAAGAAACUAAAAACAAAUGCGCAAAUUUGCAAGAGACAUCUUCAGAAACAGCCUCUGACAUCUCUGUGGACAUAAAUCUCGCUCAAAAUCUUCUCGCAGCUAUGGAUGCUGAUCCUGCAAUAGUAAAUCCUCUGUCAGCAUUUUUCAGCAACUUGAGUUUACAGAACCGUAAAAAUACUUGAGCGCGAUAAAAUUACUCCUCCUGAAUCCUUACAUUCCCCGUUCUCGUGUCUCGUUAAAAUCCCUAUCUGUCCCUGUUUUUGCGUGAUGCCAUCGUGCUAACCAAACUCACCAAC